GAAACAUUCCCCAAAUCCCCACUCUCCAUCUGCGCCACCAAACAUCUCUCCUUCCCCUGAACUCGCCUCCGCCGUCGCCCGUCAACUGGUCGGCCAUCCUCUCCGGCAGGCAGCCGUCGAGUCAUCCGCUCGAGGCAUGGCGACGGCGUUCAAGUCGUUCGUGAACAGCCCCGUCGGGCCCAAGACCACCCACUUCUGGGGUCCCGUCGCAAACUGGGGCUUCGUCCUCGCGGGCUUGGUUGACUUGAACAAGCCUCCUGAAAUGAUAUCCGGCAAUAUGACAGCAGCCAUGUGUGUGUAUUCUGGACUCUUUAUGAGGUUCGCAUGGAUGGUACAGCCCCGAAACUACUUGCUUUUGGCGUGCCAUGCCUCCAAUGAAACCGUCCAGCUCUACCAUUUAUCUCGCUGCGCUAAGGCUCAAGGGUAUCUGGACAAGAAAGUGCCGGAGGCCCAACAGUAAGGAGGAAAACGUUGUUUCUGAAGUCAGAGGCCAUGUGACUCCACAGUCGGCAUUUCAGUUGAAUAAUUAAAAUUUGUUCCUGAAGCUUUGCAAUGCUCAUCCUGUAAUGGAGCGAUUUGCGUGUUACGCAGCAUGAUACUCCUGCCUCUGACCUGAUGUAGGGUUACAGCCUCCUGUUCAUGAAACCUGAUUCAUGCCAUAUUUUUUCAAUGCACAUAGUCUGAGUGCAAGAUC